CUUCAUCAUUGAAACGAUGACCCGCACAAUUCUCCCGUUCCACCACACGCCCCCCCUACCCCAAACCUCCGGCCAGCGUUCCUCGUACCCGGAACUGGACUGGGAGGAAGAACAGGUUAAAGAGUUCCUGUGCAUCUUUGUCAAGGAUCGUUCUACCAGAAACGGGGAACACAGAGUAUGCGGCACCACGGCUCGCAAGUUAUACCAAGGUGACAUUGAAGAUCUCAAAAUUUACGUCGGCGAUGAUGAGACAAUCGCAAAAUGUCUGUAUCGCGAAUUGCAGCUUUAUUCAAAAUAUGCUGUAACAAAGCAUACAUGGCUCUACACGGAUCUGGUGAUGGUAAUUUCCCUAAUAAUCAUACUAUCCAGCAACGUUAUCAAGUCAAAGCUCCUGGGACUCGGCAUUUGGACUGCUUGUGUGGUUGUGUACGUGGGUGCGAUCGUGGCCUGUUACGAAAAAAAUUGUAUUGCCAAACAUCUUCCAGAAUUUCUGGUGUAUAGGGAGUGGUUCACUCCUCAUAUUUUGAGGAUGUUCAGUGUUAUUUACAAUCUCCUGCCUAUUUCGCUUUCCUGUCCUGCGGAUGAUGGGCCUUGAGGGCAAGUCAUUCAAGUUACAUUCCGGUUACAUUCCGGUGGGGUUGAUGGAUUAGGGCUAGUUACAGGGAUGACUCUCCAUGUUGGACGCUGUCAGUUCUCACAAUAGACGCACAUUGUAACCAGCAUUUGAUUUCUGGGACUAUAGAAGAGUUGAGAAUUAGUAUUUCCAUACUUCGUACGUGUCUUGCUCAGGAGUUGUCCAAAC